GAGUGAUGACAUCAUGAGUCGGUGGCAUCGUUCGGUCAACGAGCUGGUGGUGCGGCGGCGGCGGCAGGGUGAGUGUGAGCGCGCUCAGGAGGCGUUCAGUCGGGUCACUUCCUGUUUCCAACAGCUGGCGGCGUCACUCGGCAGCUCGGUGGAUGGCAGCUUCCUGCGAGACGAGAUGGACGAGACAAGAGCGCUCGCACACCGAAUCUGCUGCGGUCUGUCCCGGCGUCUGGUGGACCUGCUGUCAGACUGUGACUCCGCCCCCUCAGGUGUGGAGGACAGACAGGUGUCAGAGCGUCUGUGGGUUCUCUUCCUGUCAGCGUUGGAGAACUUCCUGUCUGACCUCCGUAAGGCCUGCGAUCUGAUUGGACGGUUCCCUCUGACCCAGCGAUACGACAGACGCUUGCUGGUCAACACAGGAUGUACUGACGGCGUGGUGGGCGUGGCAGCUCGAGUGGCCGCAGUCCAGGCGCCGUGGCUCACCUUGGAGGAGGAGGAGAGUCCUGAUCUGACCAAUCAAAUUUCAGCACUGGAGGACGUGCUGAGCGACAUGCAGCUGAGGGUUCCUGUAGCGUUCUGGUCAGUGGAGGCAACCCAGCCGGCGUGGGCCGAGGCUCAGGGUGAACUGGAGGAGCCGGACGACAGCCUGGAGGACCUGAUGGAGGUCCACAUCGCCUCCAACACCAAGAUGGCCGCCUGCUGCCAGCCGCCGUGCUGCGGACUGGGCUGUGUCGGGUAAAGGGGGGGCACGGUCCAGACCGCGGACCUCACCUCGAUCACUCCUGACAUCAUCACUGGCGCCUCACUUCUGUCUGAAUAAUAAACAAUAAACUUCAGUAAGUCUGAU